UUGUUUUGGCCUUUUCAUAGAUCAGAAAUCAUAUCAUAUUCAGUUUACAAAGCAAAGCAGGACUUGUCUUCCAAGAUUGUCUUCUUUCGAUUUUGAAAGAUCUUACUUAGCAUAUGAAGUACAAGUUAAAUACAUGGAAUGGAAGUUAAGUUUUUAAUGAAAUCACUGUUUUAGAAACUAUACAAUACUUCUAAAUCAGCAGCUUUAGGCACUUGAUUAAAUCUUUAUUUAAAGCAGCAAUCAGGAGUUGAAACCGUAACAAAGUAUAUCCCCGCCCCUGUUUUGGUAAAAAGAAAAAAAAGGCUGAGGGAUGGGGCUGGAGAAAUGUUACCACUGUCAAAUUCAUAGAAGGAGCCAUGGAUGCAAUGCCUGACCAUCCAUGAUAUCAAAAUGAUAGUUUUAACCAUGUUAUGAGGCUAUGUAGUGUUUGUUUACAUGUAUUUUGAUGACAAACAUUGGAGGAAAACAAGCUUAUAUCUUUGGUUCUGAUGGAGAAUCACAGUUGAACGAAGCUCAUGAGGCAUUUAUAAGUUAUAUUCUUUAAGAAUCAAUGGGUACAUAUCAGUAAUUUAAGUCCAAAAUUGAUUCCUCUUUAAGCAUCAUGCAAAUGUGUCACAGAGAGUAGUAAGGAAAGCUCAUUGAGCAAAAGACGGGCUCCAAUCCUUUAUUCAGCCCAUCAAUUAUCCAAUAAGAUGAAUUUGAUAAGAUUACUACAUUUUUUUACACAAAAUAGUCUCAAUCUUUAUCAGAUAAACUAAAAACCAUUGUGUCCAUAUUUAAUUAAAUAAUUGCAAAUGUAUAUGCAGAGACGGUCUUCUACAAAACAGUAAUGUCAAUCAAAUCAUGAAUUUCUCCAAGUGACUGACUCAGACGCUAAUAUCAAAAAUAAGAAGUCGUCCAAGAACCAAGAGGAUUCAGCGGAGAUAGUGUGUUCUAACAUAGAGAAACCAACCAAUCAGAAACUGCGGUGGACUCUCCUCCGAAAAAGAAAUUGGAUGCAGCAAUAGAGGAGAGCGAGAUGAAGGGAGAACCGUAGAGGAACCUAAAAUAAAAAGGUAAAAACAAAAAAUGCAAAGAGGACAAGCAGACAGUAGGGGACAGGUAACAUGAGUCCAUACCUCUAAAAAAUAAAUACAAUGGAACAAGAUUUAUGAGGACUUGCCUAAGAUUGUUGGAGAGGCAAAUAGGUCAGGCAUUUAGGAGCUUGUGGUCAGAACUCCAAUGUUCACUUCAACUCAGACACAUGAAACCAUCAUAUGAAACACAGUAUAUUUGAAUCUGACAUUAUUGCAAAACCAUGAAAAAAGGAUGCUUUGUUUCCUGUCAACAACAGACUUUCAACAAUCUACUUCAUAGUGGAAUGGAUAUUAGAAAGAAUUGUGUGCAUCAACUGGUGUUUAUAUACCGCUUCUUGUACGGUGGUCCUGUAUUGUUAAUAUUCUCAACAUGGUUGUUUUAAACAAUGCUACAUCAGAUAAAAGGUUGCUAGAUAUGAGCAUAGUAGUGUCCAUGUUUAUUUGGAAUAAACAAAUGGCGUAGCUAUUUUCUCAGAUCCAUUUUGACCGCAGUACUACCCUCUGGUGACAGUAUUCAACAUUGCAACAGCCCCACGUCCAUAUUGUACAGUAGCAACCCCGCUUCCAUUCAACCUCCUAGGGUUGGCUCAAUAGUGUACUGAAGAUCUACUGCAUUCAUAUGGGAAAUGACUUAAUAUCUAUUGCAGACAAAUUGGAAAACUGUUACAUUUUCUGACAUCUUAGCAAGUCAGGGAAUUUCCUUGAACUUGUAACCAGUCAAUGUGGCUCGAUCUACUUAUUUUUUAAGAAUCAAUCAGUGACUGGAGGGUAUGGCAAGUCUUCAGAGAUAUGCUCACCCUAAAACAAGAGAGGAAUGAAAGACAAUCGUAUUUCUGUUUCCCACAGCUAUAGAGCUUUCCAUAUUGAGUAGCACACAGCAAUGUUACCAUCAUGACACGUAAACAUACAUUUCCCUUUUGAGUCAGAUGUGUGAAUCUGUACAGUGAAAUGUCUGUCUGUGAAGUAACCUCAUCGCCAGGCUCAAUUACUACAGUGACAGAGAGCCGGCUGGGUGGAGAUUAUCUGUGAGUAAUUAAUGCAGACCAGAGUCAACCCAGAAGUACUUAUACAGAUCCUAUUGGGGAUAACAACAGUAGUCGCACUUGUAGAAAUGAAGCGUAUCGAAUCACGCUUCAGACCAGCUUGAACAAAAAAGGGAAUCCCAAAAAGCCUUCCUCAUCCCAGGACACUUCAACAGGUAAAUAAAUACAUUUAAAUAAACGGAAAAAUAAAGAAAAAAGGCGCUCAUGAAGGCGUCCAAUGACGAAACAGAAGCCUGUUUGCUUUAAAUGAAACAGAUCAAUGCAGACCGAGAGCUAUUUUUCUUUAUUUUCCUGAUAGUCACCUGUUGCAAAGUCCCGGAGUAAGGAAUGCUUUUUAACAGUAGUCACACGUGUAUUUCAGACAGCGUUGGUUAUGGUUUUAUUUGUGUCUGAAGGAUGCCAGAAGAGCUGCAUUACUCUACAGUGGUUUAAAAAAAAUAAAAAAUGUCUUCACCAAAAGUGGAGGAGGGCCCUGCUCCCCACUCUCAAACCUUUGGAGGAGUGGCAUUGUGUUUGGGCGUUCUUUGUGUCCUGUUGGUGUCAACCAUUUUACCUCUCUGUGUCUACUUCAGCACUGCCCUCUCAGAGCACAACACAAAUUUGGUGAGGGAACUGGAGCAGCUAACAGAUGAGCAUAUAUCCCUACUGGCAGCCAAUCAGGACCUAAUGAAUCUCUACUGCAAGCUGAGUGGAGCCAAUCACAUCUUGCAGAGCGAUUACAUCAAAGUGUCUACUGAAAACCAGCAAUUGAAGGCAGAGAAGAUGAACUUGUCAAGAGACAGGGAUGGGCUCAACUGGACUCUUGGUGUCAUAUUUCAGUUGAAGAAUUUCCCAGUUGAUAACUACUGCCCAUAUGAAGAUGCCAACACCAAAGAUAGAGCGUGCAAACCUUGUCAAGUUGGCUGGGUGCUGUUCCAAUCCAGUUGUUACCUGUUUCUGCACAUUAAAGUCCCCUUCGGUCACCUUUGGAGGACCUGGCAAGGAAGCAGACAGCACUGCAAAAACAACAACGCCGAUUUGGUUGACAUAGGCAGUCAAGAGGAACAGGAAUUCAUUCUCAACAACACUCAAGCCUACUAUGAUGAAGAUCAUGGGUACUGGAUCGGCCUGACUGACAUAGCAGAAGACGGUCAAUGGCUUUGGGUUGAUGGACGUAAUCAGAAUCUGACUGAUGGGUUUUGGAAGAUUCAACCUGUAUGGGGUCGCGAUUGUGCUUUAACUAACCCAAACAAUGCACCUUUGGCUAAUUGGAAUGCUGCAUCAUGUGGCCAGAGAAACCGAUGGAUCUGUGAGAGUAAAGCAUUAAUAUGGUCAGGAUAAAUUGAGCCACGUUCAGUCAAAAAAAUCUAUUGUAUAGCAGUGUAUAACAAUUUUUAAAUAGAACACUUGUGUAGGGCUUUCAUAGGUUCCGUUAAUUUUUUAAAUAAUUGCUGUUUUAUAAGCGAUGCAAAAUCAGCAGCUUUAAUUGUCACUUCAUGUAAAUGUACCUCAGAGUAGUAAAGAAAGUUAAUUGAGCAAAGAAAAUGCAUUACUGUGCUCAAAUGUAGCAACCUCAUAUCUGAUGUUGAUAUCACAUUGUUUAAAACAGCCAUGUUGAGAAUAUUAAUACAAGACCACCAGACAAGUAUAAAAACACCAGUUGACGCUGAAAUAUAUAUUUUCUUAUACAGUCUGUAGCUGAAUUUUUCCAUACAAAUAAAUGUUGACAAGAAACAAAACAUCCUUUUUGCAUGGUGUUGCAAUAAUGGACAUUGAGCGUUAAUUAAAAAUAUACUUAAUUUCAUUAGAUGGUUUCAUGUGUCUGAGACGUAUUAGAGCGCUGACCCAAAUCCCUGACCCGUUUCCUCUCCAACUAGUCCUCAUCAAUCUGGUUCCUGUUGUUUAGCUUUCUUCUAUUUUUUAGAGGUAUGAGUCCGAUACAUCAUGCAACCUGUCCUCUACUGUCUGCUUGUCCUCUUUGCAUUUUUUAUUUUUACCAUUUAUUUUAGGUUCCUCCUACACCGUUCUCACUUCCUCUAUUGCUCCAUCCCGUUUCUUUUUCUCUUUUGGAGGGGAGUCCACCAGGUUCCGAUUGGUUGGUUUCUUUAUCAGAGUGUUCCAUCUCCCCAGCCACCAGAGCCACCUCUGUUCUUGGAGGACAACUUCUUGGUAGUAGUGUCUGAUUCAGUCUGUUGCUGAGUGGCACCUUCUCCCUCUGAAGCCUCUUCACAGCCACCUCUGGCUUAACGCCCUAUAGAAAUGACAGCAGUUUCACACCUCUCCAUUUAGAUGACAGCUCUCGCCCUCUUACCAACACAUUCCUCUGUUUUGAACGUUUCCUCUUGGUUGGCUGAGCGUUGUCUGCUGUAUUAUCUUCCACAGAAGAUAAUAGUUCUUCCUCUACAGGAACCACUGCCACCUCUCCAGUGUUCUCCUUUGAACUUCCCUUUAUUUCCAUGUUGGUACUUCUGGAGACAACAGCAGAAUCAGCAUUCUUUUCAGCCACAUUCUCACGGGUAUCCUCAGUGAUUCUUCCUCCCCUGGGUCUCACCCGUCAGUUCAUCCUCGGAGAUCUGGGCAGCUGGCUGGGUGAUGGGGUGACAUUAUCUGGUGUUGCAGCCGCUAGUUGGUUUUUCUUACCAUACUUUGCCAUGAACUCUUGCUCCUGCUGCUCCAGUCUGGCUAGCUUGGCACUCAUGGUAAGGCCAUAUCUGGCUCCUAUGUGGCGAACAGGAAUAGGGACAAACAAUGUUUAGCUUCCUUAUUAAGAUAUGCAAGACCAGGUUCAAGGCCUUCACCAACAGCAUGCACCAAGAUAGAAUACACAUUCAUGUGAUUUGUUUAUGGUUUAUUACAAACUUAUUGGUGACAAGCAAAAUACUUACUUGUGAGCGGUGCGUCCUCCACAAGCCUUCACCAGGUCAGCGUCAAAGGGAAAUAACAUUUAUUAUUUAAACCUGUGAGUACAUAAAACCACUGUCGUUAAUCUUCACAUUGAUAUGAAAACAAAUAACCUUCAAACUGAUAUCAAUCCCUGUAUGGUGGUGGAUGGUAUUGGGCAGUGAGGUUCUUACUUGGCGGUGCUGGAGAGUUCCAGUCUCUGGUCCUCGUCGUCAGAGCUGCUGCUGUCAUCUGUACUGGAAGACUUCUACUCUGGCUGCUCCAGUCCUGCCAGGAGGGUGGCAGACUAGGAGGAAGAGAAAUACAACCGUUCCAGUCCAUAUCAUUAGCCUAAGUGCAGUAUCUUUCUGUACUAUCAAGAGAGCUCAUUGGCACAGAUAUGGAAGUGUGUUCCAGUUAGAUGUGUUUAUCUGUACUUUCACAAAGCAUCCAUAAAGUUUCUUCCCAGCAUGGCUUUCGUUGGCUGCUGGUUGGAAAUCAGUCCUUCCUCUUCAACCAACUUCUUUACCUGCACACCAUUCUACAACAGAAAGGUGGAGAUGUAGCCGAGGCCCAAUGUAAGUGUGUGUGUGUGUGUGUGGUAGUGGUAAAAAUACUCUUUCAAUUCACACACCCCUUCUGAGGACUUACCUCUCCAGAUUCCACUUCCAGGCUAGAAGAUGUUUUGUUGAAGACAUGGUCCCACCAAUAGAAGGUGAACUGAUCCCCUUGACAAUGUCCCACCCCUCCCUUGCCACAUUCACUAUGAUAGCAUCACAUACCAUUCUUCUGUCGACUAAGACCUUUACCUGUGAACAGUACAGUGAGGGGUCUUCUAUUAGUGGUAGACUAAGAACCUUAGACCUAGUUACCAUUCAUAACACAGAAUUAGAUACAACUGGCAACUACUACUAGUAGGGACAGCAAACAUUCCGUCUACUGCACAGACAGAGGCUCUAGUCUAGAACGCCCGAUGAAAUUGUUUUAGAGCAAUUUUUUUUUUUUUA